AUGCCUGGCGCACAGGUGCAAGCAAAUGACGUUAGUUUUAGUGCCACAAUUAGUGCUUGCGAGAAAGGCGGUCAGUGGCAGCAGGCGCUGGCCCUUUUCCAGACAAUGCCCAGUGCAAAGGUGCAAGCAAACGAUGUCAGUUUUAGUGCCACAAUCAGUGCUUGCGAGAAAGGCGGUCAGUGGCAGCAGGCAUUGGCCCUUUUCCGGGCCAUGCCUGCCGCACAGGUGCAAGCAAACAUCUACAGCUUUAGUGCCACAAUCAGCGCUUGCGGCAGGGGCGGGCAAUGGCAACAUGCCCUGGCGUUGCUCCGAGCCAUGCCUGAAGCAAGCAUAAAGACUAGUGAUUUUUGCUUUGCCCCAGCAAUCAGUGCCUGUGGGAAGGAUGGUCAGUGGCAACAGGCACUGGCCCUUUUUUUCGAGAUGCACCACGCAGAGGUGGAGCCAAACGACGUCUGCUACAAUUGCCUGCUUGAUGCCCUUCGUGGCAAGCCCUUUGGCGACAUGUAUUUUGAAAAGGCCCUGCAGCAGGGCGUGUUUCAGACUUUGGCUGCGGCGCAGCCCACAUCUAUCGACCUUCAUGGGCUUUCUGAAGGAGCUGCUCAGCUUGCUGUGUGGUGGUGGCUGCAUACCUUGGUCCUGCCGGAGCUGGGCAGCGCAGAUUGCGAGAUAUAUGAAGUGAUCACAGGGUAUGGCAAGUCGCGGAGGGAGUGGGACACCUCAGACAUCCGGGCCGCUGCCAUGAGCCUCCUGCAAUACUUGAAGAUCCAAUUCCGCAUCCGCCCGCGAAACGCCGGGCUGCUGGAGCUGAGGCUCGGCGAGCGCGACCUGCAACGCCUCAAGGAGUUUUCAAAAGGAGCGCACGGGGAGUUGGAAACUGGGUGGCCCAAGGUAAGGAGUACUUCAACGCGGUUUUUGUUUUGGGUUUCCUUUAACCAUCCCAAAUGGGCGAAAUGGGGGCAAGGUAGCUUAGUCAUGCCCUUCCACCUUCAGGGUGGAAGGGGGGUCCCCUCCGAAAAAUGGUUCCCCACGAAAACGGGACCGCCCUUAAUAGUAAGUGCGGGGGGUAUUCAUCAGGGGUCAGCAUUAGGUGGGAGUAUAGUAGGGGAUGCAGGUGAGUGA